GGAAAGCUUGAACGUGCUGUGGGCAUCGCUCGAAGAAACUCAAUCUGCGCUCGAAGAUUUGGAAACUACCAACGAGGGUAAGGCUACCAAUUUACAAUUUCGAGCAUCAUAUGAGCCAAUGCUUUUUAGAAUUAAAGCAAGCCUUACAUCCAAACUGCCUCUUCCGAUUCAUCCUCCACCCAACCGCCCUUUAGAUAUCCCCUCUCGUACGUCGUCCACCUUGUCUAGUCUGAAGUUGCCAACUAUCUCGCUUCCUGAAUUCGACGGUGAUUAUAAGCAAUGGUUAACGUUUCAUGAUACGUUUUUAGCGCUCAUUCAUGACAAUGAUGAGUUGCCAGUGAUCCAGAAAUUUCAUUACCUCCGUGCUGCUGUUAGAGGUGAAGCAGCACAGCUGAUUGAAGCUAUCGCAAUUAGUGCAGCUUGGGAGUCAUUGAUUAGUCGAUACUCCAACGAAUACUUGUUGAAGAAAAGACACCUCCAAGAUUUAUUGGACAUUUCGCGAAUGGAAACCGAGAACGCAGUAGCUUUGCAUUCUACUUUGGAUGAAUUUCAACGUCACAUUAAAAUUCUGCAGCAGCUUGGUGAACCAACUGAUGCAUGGAGUACGCUGUUGGAGCACCUUCUAUGUACAAGGUUGCACAAUGACACGAUCAAGGCUUGGGAAAGUCAUGCUGCUACUGUCGAGGAUCAGAGCUACAGUUGUUUAGUGGAUUUUUUGGAAAAGCGAAUUAGAGUACUGGAAUCGAUCUCUGUUAACAACCAUGCCGCUCAAUCAACGUCUGCAGCGCAUAUGAACGGCUCCGUGUCACGUAAAUAUUUUCCUCCUAUUAAGAUGUCAUCCCAUUCUGCAACUGAAAAUGUUUCUCCUAAGUGCCAUGCCUGCGACAACCGACACCUGCUUGUAAAUUGUCCCCGUUUCAGUAACAUGCCGGUUGCUGAAAAACUGCGUUUAGUCAACUCGAAAAAGUUAUGUGUCAACUGCUUCCGCCGAGACCAUUUUGCCAGAAAUUGCACCUCAAACUAUACGUGCAGAGUGUGCAGAAAGCGACACCAUUCCCUAUUGCAUUCUGGAUUUUCCAAUAGUUAUGGACAAAAUAGCCAAGAAUCCGGUCCGGGUUCUUCUGCGUUGGCAAAUAUCCCUCAACCCAAUGAUUACCGCAAAAUGAAUAGUGCUUCAGCUACCACCCCACCGACUGAUAAGCAGCACAAUGCCUAUGGAAAGGAACAAUACGCCCGUGCUUUACUAGAUAGCGGAUCACAACCCAAUUUGAUAUCCGACCGGUUAGUACAAGUGCUGCGCUUGAAGCGCGAACGUGCUAAUGUUUUAGUGCAAGGAAUUGGUGAGAAACCUGAGCACUCGACUGAAUCAGUAUCCACUGAAAUGUGACCUUUACAAUCUUGAGAAGAAUGACUUCAAACCUUCCUGCAAAAACCAUUCCAGUGGACGAUUGGAACAUUCCCAAUGAUAUUUUUCUAGCAGAUCCCAGCUUUAACCGCUCUGGCGGAAUUGAUAUGAUUUUGGGCUCGCAAUAUUUCUUUGAGUGCUUCCCUUCUGCAGCUCGUAUACAAUUACAGCAAACUCUCCCGGUUCUAGUCGAUAGUGUAUUUGGGUGGAUAGUAGCUGGUGAAGCUCAUCUUAUUCCAUCGAGCAUCGAUUCCGUUAACUGCAAAACGGUGACCGUCUCUUUGAACUCUCUAGAGGAGAGUAUGGAACGCUUCUGGCGAAUUGAAGAACUAUCCGCUGGGUCCUUACUGUCAGCCGAAGAAAAAUUUUGUGAAGACUAUUUUCGAUCCACCGUAACUCGAACCAAAAAUGGGAGGUAUGUUGUACGUUAUCCUAAACGCCCAGACUUUAACGAUAUGAUUGGUGAAUCUAGACUUACGGCACUACGCCGGUUCUCGCUACUCGAACGUAGAUUUUGCAACGACCCGCAGCUGAAAGGGAAUUAUGAUAAAUUCAUGGAGGAAUAUCUCUCCCUGGGCCACAUGCGCCUUGUUCGAGAAAUUGGUACAGAAAUCCAAGAGUACUACCUCCCCCACCACCCUGUAAUCAAAGCAGCAAGUACCACUACGAAGACCCGCGUUGUAUUUGACGGAUCUUGCAAAACGUCAUCAGGAUAUGCAUUGAAUGAUGCUCUUUGUGUAGGACCAGUUAUACAGGAUGACUUGUUGACUUUGGUUAUCCGUUUUCGAAAGUAUCCGGUCGCUUUAAUCGCAGAUAUCGAGAAAAUGUACCGUCAGGUACUCAUUAACCCUGAUGAUAUGCCUCUCCAACGAAUUGUUUGGCGCUCUAGCACUUCCGAACCGAUUUUGACGUACGAACUUGCAACGGUCACUUAUGGCUUAGGUCCAUCUUACUUUCUGGCAACUCGAACGCUCCAGCAGCUUGCGGAAGACGAAGGACAAUCUUACCCUCUCGGCGAGGCAGCGCUGCGGAAAUCGUUCUACGUUGAUGAUUUUAUUGGUCGCGCAAAUUCUAUCUCUGAAGCAACGAGACUGCGCGAUGAACUAACUGAACUGUUGGGGAAAGGAGGAUUUCCAAUUCGAAAGUGGACAUCGAACAGAUUAGAACUACUAGAGGGAUUAAGCGCUGAUCAAGUUGGAACCCAGUCUGCCCAUAAAUUUGAUCCGGAAGAAGCUGUGAAAACGUUGGGAAUUUUGUGGGAACCUGCAGUAGAUCAAUUCCGGUUCGAUUGCCACGUGAACCAAGACUUUACCCGGAUGACAAAACGAUCCAUCCUCUCUGCGAUAUCAGAGUUAUUUGAUCCGCUCGGGCUUGUAGCACCAAUAGUUAUUCGCGGAAAAAUGCUGAUGCAAGAGCUUUGGCUGACAGCAUGUUCGUGGUACGAUAUUGUACCAGAUGCACUAAAGAUAAAAUGGGAAAAACUUUAUCACCAGCUGCCUCGAUUGUCAGAAUUUAGAAUCGAUAGAUACGCGUUCCAGCUGGAUUCCGAGGUACAACUUCACACCUUUGCUGAUGCGUCCGAAGCUGCAUAUGGGGCAUGCACUUACGUACGUUCUACAGAUUCGACCAGUAAAAUAAAAAACUCAAAAACUCGUGUUGCGCCUCUAAAACGCCUCUCGCUGCCUAAAUUGGAAUUGGCAGCAGCUGUCGUUGCUGCUCGUCUGUACCUUCGAACCGUAGAUGCCCUAGACUUUAAGACGUCUAGUUCUUUCUUUUGGUCCGACUCCACCGUAACCCUUCAAUGGCUUAAAUCACCUCCAAAUAACUGGAAAACGUUUGUCGCAAAUAGAGUGUCGGAAAUCCAGACGACGACUCAUGGGGGAAAAUGGAACCACAUAACUGGGAAACACAAUCCUGCCGAUCUUCUCUCCCGCGGAAUGCACGUAGAUGACUUUUUGCAGAGUAACCUCUAA